CGAGCUCGUGUCCUCCCAGCCAGCCAUUCUACCCGCAACCUGCCCUCGUCGCGGCGUCGAUAGCCGCCCUCCCUCGCGUGUCGCGACCUUAGCCAUGAUAGACCCAAGAUAGCAGGACGACAAUGGACACACAGAGCGCAAGCGUGACCGACGCCAGGGUGGACAAACUAUGGUCGACUCUCGACACGCGCAAACAAGGCCACCUCGACCUGGCGGGCCUCAAAAAGGGCCUGCGGAAGCUGGAUCAUCCCUUGAAAAAUGCGGACCAGCUGUUGGACGAGGUCAUGGAGGCGGUCGAUAUAGACGGGAACGGAAGAAUCACAUAUCACGAGUUCCGCACCUUUGUGCACGAGACGGAAAAGGAACUCCGCCAGCUAUUCCAGAGUAUCGACUACAACCACGACGGCAAGAUUUCCAAGGACGAGCUGCGCUCCGCCUUGCGAACCGCCGGACUCGCGGUCCCCAACAGCAGCCUCGACAACUUCUUCACCGAAGUCGACACCAAUAGGGAUGGAGUGAUUAGUUUUGAGGAAUGGCGGGACUUUCUUCUCUUUAUUCCCGCCAGCACGCCCUCGCUGCACGCCGUCAUGUCGUACUUUUCGGCCACGACAAAAGUGAACCAGGAGGGCGAUGUUCUUAUAAGUGACGACACAAUCCAAGGCUUAGGUACUGCACAGCGUUUUCUUCGUUUUCUAUUUGGUUCUCUUUUUCUGAUAGCGCACACACCGCCCUAUCAGCCCCCUCUACAAGAACAGCACGCGCCGGUCGAUAUGGAGCCAGCUUCCGAUUCGGCGCUUGCCUUUCCCAGCACCCUCCCGCCACGGUCUGCAGAUGAGAAGGCGGGUUCUUCUCUCGACGAGAUACAGGCAGGAAUCAUAGAGAGCUUAGGAACCAUGCUGAUUGCUUGUGUUCCCAAUCCAGGCUAUUUUGUGGCGGGAGGCAUCGCAGGCAUUGUUUCUCGUACCUCGACUGCACCCCUCGAUCGUCUAAAAGUCUACCUCAUAGCCCAGACGAGUGUGGCGGAAGAAGCUGUUGUGGCGGCGAAGCAUGGCAACGUUGUCAAGGCUGCCAUGAACGCCUGGAGACCACUUGCGACCGCCACCAGGGAGCUAUGGCAGGCUGGUGGCAUGCGCAGUUUGUACGCUGGCAACGGCUUGAACGUCAUCAAGGUGAUGCCAGAAUCAGCCAUCAAGUUUGGCUCUUACGAGGCCGCAAAACGCAUCUUUGCCAAGAUAGAAGGACACAACGACCCUGCCAUCAUACACUCGUGGUCCAAGUUUGUCGCCGGAGGGCUUGCUGGAAUGGUGUCACAAUUCGCCGUGUAUCCCAUCGAUACACUGAAGUUUCGGAUGCAAUGUGAAACCGUGUCUGGUGGCUUACACGGCAAUCGCCUAAUUUGGGCCACGGCGAAGAAGAUGUGGAACACAGGCGGCGUUAGUGCUUACUACCGUGGGCUGCCCAUGGGUAUCAUGGGCAUAUUCCCGUAUGCGGCACUUGAUCUGGGCACGUUUGAGUAUCUUAAGCGCUACGUAGCCCGUCGCAACGCAAAACGACUUGGAUGCCACGAGCAGGACGCGGAGCCCGGUGGCUUCAUGACGGCGGCGAUUGGCGGCUUCUCUGGCGCGUUUGGAGCGAGCGCCGUGUACCCGCUCAAUCUCCUCCGGACACGACUACAGAGCCAGGGCACGGUGCUGCAUCCAAGGACGUAUACGGGCAUCGUGGACGUGACGAGGCAGACGAUUGCGGGCGAGGGUGUUAGGGGUUUGUUCAAGGGCCUUACCCCCAACCUGCUCAAGGUUGUGCCUGCCGUGUCGAUUACAUAUGUCGUCUACGACAAGUCGAAAAAGGCCAUUGGUAUACCGUGACGUGGGGAACAUCUAGCACUUACCGCCUAAAGACUGGUGGAGCGACUAGCACCAAGGCAGAGGCAGAGGAGGACCUAAUUAGAGACGCAUUUGGACCCCCUAGGAUGCUCGAAGCACCAAGCGCGCGCGUGUGUGUUUUUUCUCCCCCCCCCCUACCCCCAUUUGCAUAUCCCCCCGACAGUGA